ACCAACAAUUCUAGUAAUUAUUGUAUUGGUGUUCUUUCUAAAAGAUAUUAUAAAUUAUGUUUAUUUUUUUUUUUAAAUUUCAGAGUGCUCUGAAACAAUCAACAUGAUUGGAAAAAUAGUUUUUUUGUGCUUUAUGUGCGGAGUGGCGCUAGCAGGCAGAAGUGCCAACCAAUAUAUUGAUAAUGUUCUUCGAACUCAAUUGCCUCAAGCACUUCGAUCUGUUGGAUUGGAUCCAGCACCUUUACCAGGAUUCAACACUUACUUUGGACCACAAGGUAUCUACCAAAAUCAAGGAGAGGCUGUAUUCUCAAACGGAAACGCAACAAACUUGGGCAGAUUGGAGAGGAAAGGUGAUUGCUCAGGGCCAAAAUUGUUCCGUGGAGAAAUUUCCAUCAACUGCACUCUCCGUUUGACACAAAUUACUACAGCCUACAAAGUUAUUAUAAGGAAUGGAAGCUACAUCUACACACCAAGAAAUAUGGGCCACGUUGCUGAAACUCUCAUGACUUUGGAAGUAACAGGAAGACCCCAAAACUAUUUAGGAUCAGUUCAAAAAUUUAGAGUUGAUCGUCUCGGUCAAAUCACUCCUACUUUUUCCAGUCUGCCAGCUCCUCUUAACAAGUAUUUGAAGGUCAUUCAAGAUGCUUACAGAACCAAUGUAUCAAGUUAUUUAUUUAACGUUCUACAGAAUAAUUACGUGUAUGCUUUGGGAAGAGCCUUGUCAGGCACACCAAUGCCAAGGCAGUAAAUGAAAUAAAAUUGCUUCUUAACUUUU